UCUACUUAGCGUCCUCUUUCAAUUGGCGCCUGAACGUCAAGCGAAACUUUGAAGGAUUUGACAUUUAUUCGUGUUUCCCCUAACCAAUAUCAUGAUGCAGAGGGCACGUGCCAGCAUGGGCACGCCCAAGAGCUCCGGCGGCGGACGUCCAAGUGGCCAGUUCCGAGUGCCGCAGCUUACGGUCCAGCAGCACCUGAGAGCCCAGCAACAACAGGACUCGGAAGACGCGGACGUGGACGCCCUGGAUGAUGCACUGAUCUUUGACGAUGAGGAGGGUGGAACCCGCAUCGGCGAUAUAUAUAUCCCGCCUCCGAUACCGCCGCACUGCUCCAUGGAGAGCACAGGGCCGCGGUUGAUCAUCAAGAGGAUUGUGAACAGGAAUUUUAAGAGCUAUGCAGGGGAAGUGGAGCUGGGACCGUUCCACCAGAGCUUCACCGCCAUCAUUGGACCCAAUGGAAGUGGCAAGAGCAACGUCAUCGAUUCCAUGAUGUUUGUCUUCGGCUGCAGGGCAAACCGCAUCCGCUGCAAGAAGGUUUCCACCUUGAUUCACUCGUCCUCGCGAUUUCCCAAUGUGCGAAGUUGCUCCGUGGCCGUGCACUUCGAGCAGAUCGUGGACAAGGACGACGGAUCGUGCGAGUCUGUCCCAGACUCUGCCUUCGUCAUCGAACGUACCGCCAUGUCUGACAGCUCCUCCUAUUACCAAAUCAACGACAAGCGGGCCCAGCUGAAGGAUGUGGCCAAGCUUCUAAAGAAGCACCAUGUGGAUCUGGAGCACAACCGCUUCUUGAUCCUGCAGGGCGAGGUGGAGUCCAUUGCCAUGAUGAAGCCGAAAGGACUGGCGGAGAACGAAACCGGUAUGCUGGAGUACCUAGAGGAUAUUAUCGGCACACAGCGCUACAUCCGUCCGCUGCAACAGAUCAACCAAAGGGUGGACCAGCUCACGGAUGACCGCACAGAGAAGCACAAUCGCUGCAAGCUGGCUGAGCGCGAGAUGAAGGAUCUGGAGCAGCCGUACAACGAGGCCGUGGAUUACCUGAAAAAGGAGAACGAGGAGGUGCGCGUCAACUCCUGCAUCAUUCAAAAGCAAAUCAGCAUAAAGAAGGCCACGCUGGACCAGUACACGAAGCAGCACCAGUCCUGUGAGGAGGAGCUGAAGGCCCAUGAUGCAAGCAUCGAGGCCUUAAAUAAGGAAAGGACCGAGAAGGAGAACGUCAUUAGAAAGGAGAUUGAGGCCUACGAAUCUCUGGUUAAGAAGCGCGAACAAAUCAAGAAAAAGGUGGUGGCUGCCGAGAGAGCACGCACUGAGAUCCAGAGCAACAUGGAGAGCAUCAACAAGCAGAGGAAGAAGGACAAGGCGCAGAUCGAAAAGAACGAAACGGAGCUGGAGGAUCUGCACAAGCUGCCUGAGAAUAAUCAACGCGAAAUCGAGAAUUGCAACAAAAAGCUGGAGAGUCUGGAGAAGGAGAAGGUCACGCUGAAUGAAGAGCUGGAAAAGCAGCUUGCCAAGCUGAAGGAAAAGUCGGAGCCCCUAACCGAAAAACGCCUCAAGCUCAGUGACGAGUUGGUUGGCCUCAAAGAGAAAGUAAACGCAGCCAAGGCGGAACUCCAGGUAUUCGAGUCGCAACUGAAAAUCCUCAAGCAGGCAGAGACCACCGAGACUAGGAAGUAUCAAACCCUAAAGGACUCGUACGAGCAGUCCCAGAAGAGUCUCGAGGAGAAGCUAACCAAGGUUGAUGAGCUAAAGGAAAGCAUUCCACGCAUGCAAACGGAAAUAGCCACAAAGACAGCUGAGGUGGAAAAAAUGGUGCAUGAAGAGCGAAAUCUGUCCAUAAAAUGCAACAAACUGAGAACAGAGAUCAAUGAAAGGUCCAGCAACAUGCAGGCUCAGCGUUCCAACGACAAAGUCCUGGACUUUCUCAUGCGUCAAAAGAUGGAGGGCAAGAUCCCUGGCAUUCUGGGGCGCCUCGGCAACUUGGGCGGCAUCGAUGCCAAGUACGAUGUGGCCAUUUCCACUGCCUGUGGCCGCUUGGAUAAUAUUGUUACCGACAACUAUGACACAGCGGCGGCAGCCAUUGCUGCUCUGAAGAAGUACAACGUGGGCAGAGCCACCUUCAUCACGCUGGACAAGGUGGAGCACCUUCGUCGCGAGGCCACCUCCAGAAUUAAUACGCCCGAGAACGUGGCUAGAUUGUAUGAUCUUGUCCAGGUCGAGGACGAUCGCGUGAGGACCGCCUUCUACUUCUCUCUAAGGAACACCCUGGUGAGCGAGGAUCUAGAGCAAGGCACUCGCAUAGCUUACGGCAAGACUCGCUUCCGGGUGGUGACUCUGCGCGGUGAAAUGAUCGAGACCACGGGCACCAUGUCCGGUGGUGGAAAUCGUCCGAUACGGGGAAAAAUGGGAACACAGGUGCGCACCAAGACGGCAGCGGAAUCGGCAGACAGCUCGCAGAUAUCCCAGAAGGCGCUGGAAGACAUGCAGGUACAGGCGGAGGAAUUGCAGACGCGGAUUAACUACUGCCAGGAGCAGCAGGGCCGAUUGGAACGGGAGGUACACACUCUCAAGUUGAAUCAGCAGCGGGACGAGGCAGAGUGCAAGCGGCUGGCAGUGAGCAUCACCUCCUUGGAGCAGCAGAUGGCCAGUAAUCUUAAGCAGUGCGAGGCGCAGCGCCAGCGGAUGCUUAAAAAGACCACCGAUGAGGGGGCCGUCCGAGAGCGAGAGGAGCAGAUCGAGGCUGCCAAGCAGGAGCUGGAGCAGGCCCAGUUCGCUGAGCAGGCAGUGUCCAGCCAAAUCGAUGAAAUCCAGGCCAAGUACGAUGGCCUGCGAAACGACAACGUCAAGCCCGUGGAAGCGAAAAUCAAAAAGGUGGGCAGCCAGACAGAGAAGCUGGCCGCCACUGUGCGUUCCCUGAAUGUUGCACUGGCAACGGCCGAUCGCAAGAUAGAGAAGAUAACUGCCAACAAUACCAAUCUCCGGGAGACAAUCAAGGGGGCGGAAGAGAAAAUAACCACGCUGAACGAGGAGCGCAAGCAGUGCCAGGAAAAGGAGGAGGAACUGGAGAAGGAACUAAAGGAGGCGGAGGAGGCCAUCGGCAGCGCCAAAUCCCAAUCGUCGGACAUCAAAAAGCAAAUCGAUGAGUUGACCAGCCAGGAAAGCAAACUCAAAAUCGAGCGCAUCGAGCUGGGCAACAAGCUACAGGCAGCGACCGGUAAACUCAACGCCGUCAAGGCCGACAUACCCACACUGCAGGCCAAGCUAAAGCCAUUGAAGCUCAACGAAAUACCGGGAGAAACGGAACCCCAAGAGCCGCUCAAAGAGUACACCGAAGAAGAACUUGGGGCAGUCGACCUGGAUCACAAGGAAUUCGAGCAUACCAAACUAUUGGAGGAGCUCAGAAAGAAGCCCAACCUGGGCUGCAUCAAGGACUUCAACGAGAAGCGCAACAUUUACCUGGAGCGUGUGCGUGUCCUGGAGGAUAUUACCUCCAAGCGAAACGAGAUGCGCGACAAGUAUGAGGAGGUGCGCAAGCGUCGCUACAAGGAGUUCAUGGAUGGCUUCAGCAUUAUCACCAGGAAGCUCAAGGAAAUGUACCAAAUGAUUACGCUGGGCGGCGAUGCCGAGCUGGAGCUGGUCGACUCUAUGGAUCCAUUCACCGAGGGCGUCAAUUUCACAGUGCGUCCGCCGAAAAAGAGCUGGAAAUUCAUAUCGAAUCUCUCUGGCGGCGAGAAGACCUUAUCCUCGCUGGCCCUAGUGUUUGCCCUUCAUUAUUACAAGCCUUCGCCGCUGUACUUUAUGGACGAGAUAGAUGCAGCGCUGGACUUUAAGAAUGUGUCUAUUGUGGGUCACUACAUCAAGGAGCGCACCAAGAAUGCCCAAUUCAUUAUUGUGUCGCUGCGCGUGAACAUGUUCGAGUUGGCCAACUAUCUCGUGGGCAUCUACAAGGUAAACGACUGCACCGACUCCUGCACGCUGGUGAAUACUCCGCCCCAGCUGCCGGCCAGCACGCAGCAAUCAAGGAUGCUAGGUGGCAAUAAUACACAGGACUCGUUUAUGAUAACCGAAAGCGAGGAUAACCACCAAUUGGAGAGUCAGCAGGCAUCGCAACAACUGACUCAGGCCGGCAGGGAGACCACCUUUGCCCCGCCCAUGGACAGCACCGGAAUAAACGAUACGCCAGCACCACCACGACCUUCGCAGGAGCCAGUACCGCAGGGUAGAGACACGACCUUCGCACCGCCCAUGGAGAGCACCGCCAUUGAAACACCGAAUGUUACACUGCAAAACCCUGCCCACAGCUCGCCGCCUACGAUUAAUGCUUAAUUUUAAGACGCCAGGCCAAGCUCACUACGAUGUAUUAUCUUAUUUUUAGUAAACACCGAUCGAACAAACUGUACAUCUCGAUACCAUUUAAAACAUAAAAAAAACUUUUCAUAUAUUUGAAACUAA